AUGGCUUCCAUACCUCCCACCCAGUCCAAUCGAACUAAAUAUGACAAAAAGUCCAUGCGCCAGAAACAAGGCCGUCGCAAAUCAAGCUUAAUGAAAAAAGCGUCCGAAUAUAGCAAGAUGUGCGAUGCAGAUGUGUGUGUGGGCAUACGCCUUCGGGAAACCGGCCAAGUAUUCAUCUUAUCGGCGGAUGCUUCGGGAUUUUGGGCUUUCCUUGCCUCGCAAUUGAGCUCCUACUAUCCAGCCCCAAAGCUAGUGACAGACCAGGAUCUGGAGCAGUUCGACAAAGAUACACCGGAACAACAUACGUGA